AUUUCAAACCUGUGCAGAGAAAUGGCUAACGAAAAUUACGCGCGAUACCUAAAAAAAAGUGGUGUUUUGUACAGAAGAAAACGUAAAUUGGAAGAAAUGAGAUAUGAAGAAGAAGAUGAUGUUGCCGCAGUGUUAUCGUUUGACCAUACCAAUGAUGGUAUGGUGGAACCAAACUAUGACUUAGCAGCAGAGUGUAUUUGCGACGAAUCUUCCACCAACGAGGAAGAAAAUAUUAAAUUUUCUUCUAGUUCCAGCGAGGAAGAAUCUGACAGUAACGAAGGAAUUGAUUUUAAAACAAUGACUAUCACAGAUUGUUUAAGAUACUUUGCCUUAUUUACGAAGCAAAAGCACUCGGCGGUAAACUUAUUGCUGACGAUUUUAAAGACGAAGACUAAUUUUGUUCUCCCAAGAGAUGCCAGAACGCUGCUUAAUACCAACAGAAGCAAACCGGUAAUAAAUGCUAUAGGAAGUGGUUCGUUUUGGAACCGUGAUAUUAAGAAAGCUCUCAUGGAUAAUUUACGGUUUGCUGUUGUGGCCGAUACAUUGUUGUCUUUAAAUAUUUUCAUCGAUGGGCUUCCAUUGCACAAAAGCAGCAACAUGCAAUUUUGGCCUAUCUUAAUCAGUAUUCAGGAAAUGCCUCUGAUUGCACCAAUUACGGUUGCACUAUUUUGUGGGCGCACAAAACCAACAAAAGCGUUUUUAAAAGGUAAAUAUUGA